AUGAAAUUACUGUCAUCCGUAAUCAGGGCUCAGAAUGCACUAACAAAUUACUACCGACAGAGACUACUACCCCUUCAGGAGGAACUACGCCAGCAGGAGGCACUACUCCAGCUGGUGGAACUACGCCAGCAGGAGGAACUACACCAGCAGGAGGAACUACACCAGCAGGAGGAACUACGCCAGCAGGUGGAACUACACCAGCUGAUGGAACAACCCCAGCAGGAGGAACUACACCAGCUGAUGGAACAACCCCAGCAGGAGGAAACACAACAGAAGACCAAACUACCCCGGCAGGAGGAACUACACCAGCAGGAGGUACUACACCAGCUGGUGGAACAACUCCAGCAGGAGGAAACACAACAGAAGACGGAACUACCCCGCCAGGAGGAACCACUCCGGCGGGAGGAACUACACCAGCGGGUGGAACUACACCAGCAGAUGGAACUACACCAGCAGGUGGAACUACACCAGCGGGAGGAACUACACCAGCAGAUGGAACUACACCAGCAGGUGGAACUACACCAGCAGGUGGAACUACACCAGCGGGAGGAACUACACCAGAGGAACUACACCAGCAGGAGGAACUACACCAGCAGGUGGAACUACACCAGCGGGAGGAACUACACCAGCAGGAGGAACUACACCAGCUGA